UCCGGGCACCUAGUCCUUACACGGGUAUUGUAAAAUGCAUAUUAGAUCAGUAUUCCACUGAACUUAUCGGUUGGAAGACGUAAGAUAUAUUUCACCGGCAAAGGCCAACCAAAGGCCAACCAUCGUUGAGCAUUCCAGUGAAAACAAAGCCACCGUUUAAGCAACCUAAUCCAUUCUAUAAUUAAAGCACCUUUUCAAUAAAGCCAUUCACAUACUACCAGGUAUAUAAACCUAUCCCAGGUUUGACGCUGUCAGAGUGCCGGGACCUAGUUGUGUAGCCACUCCAGUUACAGCAAGACCAUGUGGAUCCGUUUAGCAGUUUUGGCUCUUGUGGUGGUGGCCACACAAGCUGCUUCAAGAAUCUAUUACAGGAACCCCUGCAGACCCAACCCUUGCCUUAACAACGGCCGUUGCCGAUCCCUUGGCGGAGAUAGAUUCGAAUGUGUUUGCAUUCCAGGCCUAAGCGGUGUCAUCUGUCAUUUGGAUGCUGAUGGCAACCCAGCCUGUCCAGGCAAGUGCGUCGGCAAGCCAGGCCCACCAGGCGCUCCAGGGCCCAAGGGUCCAGCUGGUGCUCCAGGAGUUGGUGCUGACGGUGCUGAUGGUGCCCCAGGUGCCCCAGGCGCCCCAGGUCUGAAGGGUGAUGCUGGUGCCCCAGGCGCCCCAGGAGCCCCAGGUGCUAAUGGCAAAGAUGGCCCAGCCGGUGCUCCUGGCGCCAAUGGUCUCCCAGGUGCUAAAGGUGUCCCAGGCGCUAAAGGUGAUAGAGGUGCCACUGGCGCCCCCGGUGCUCCAGGCAGAGCCGGUGCCCCAGGUGCUGCAGGAGCGACUGGUGCUAAAGGUCCAGCAGGCCCAGCAGGUGCCCCCGGUGCCCCCGGUAUGGACGGUGCCCCAGGAGCUAGAGGCCAAGACGGUGCUCGUGGUGCAAACGGUCUUAAUGGUGCCCCUGGUGCCCCAGGUGCUAAGGGUGAUCGUGGUGCCACAGGUGCCCCAGGUGCUCCCGGACUUCAAGGAGCCGCCGGCGCUCGUGGACCAGCUGGUCCAGCUGGUGCCCCAGGAAACGAUGGAGCUAAUGGUGCCCCAGGAAAGGAUGGUGCUAAUGGUGCCCCAGGUGCCAAGGGAGAUAGAGGUGCUACUGGUGCUGCAGGUGCCAAUGGCGCUCCAGGAAAGGAUGGCCUUGACGGUGCUGAUGGCAAAGAUGGCGCCCCAGGCGCCAAUGGCAAAGAUGGCGCCAACGGUGCCCCAGGUGCUGAUGGCUUGGAUGGUGCCCCAGGUGCCCAAGGAGCAAAGGGUGCCCGUGGAGCUACAGGCGCCCCAGGUGCCGCUGGUGCCCCAGGGGCCAAUGGUAAAGAUGGUGCCCCAGGUGCUGCAGGUGCUGAUGGCAAACCAGGUGCUGCAGGUGCCCCAGGUGCUCGUGGUCCAGCUGGCCCAGCAGGUGCCCCAGGUAAGGAUGGUGCAAGAGGAGCUAAUGGUGCCAAUGGUAUCCCAGGUGCCAGGGGUGACCGUGGUCCAGCCGGACCACAGGGCCCAGCUGGUGCUAAUGGUGCUAACGGUGCUCCUGGCAAAGAUGGUGCUAAUGGUGCCAGAGGCCCUGCAGGUCCUGUUGGUCCAAAGGGUCCCACCGGACCAGCUGGCCUUCCAGGUCGCAACGGUAAAGAUGGUGCCAAUGGUAAGAAUGGUCUCGACGGUGCUCCUGGUGCUCCAGGUAAAGAUGGUCUCAACGGUGCUCCAGGAAAAGAUGGCAGAAACGGUGCCAAUGGUGCCCCAGGUAAGGACGGUGCUCGUGGACCAGCUGGCCCACAGGGUGCCAAGGGAGACGCAGGUGCCAAUGGAGCCGAUGGUUUGAAUGGCGCUCCAGGUAAAGACGGCCUCAAUGGUGCUAACGGCAGAGAUGGCGCUCCUGGCAAAGAUGGUGCUAAGGGACCAGUUGGCCCACAAGGACCAAAAGGUCCAGCAGGUGCCCCUGGUGCUGAUGGAGCUGAUGGUGAAGACGGCGAUGACGGUGCUAAUGGUGAGGAUGGUGCUCCAGGUGCUCCAGGUGCCCCAGGUGCUGACGGCAAGAAUGGUGCCCCAGGUGCUAAGGGCGAUAGAGGAGCUAACGGUGCCCCAGGUAAAGACGGCGCUGAUGGCGCUAACGGUUCCCGUGGCCCAGCAGGUCCACAAGGUCCAACAGGCCCAGCCGGUCCACAGGGUGCCCCAGGUGGCGUUGGAGCCCAGGGUGCUCGUGGUCCAAAAGGUCCACAGGGUGCUCCCGGUAACCCAGGCAGAGAUGGUGCUCCAGGCAAGGAUGGCGCUCCAGGUGCCCCAGGUGCCCCAGGUGCCAAGGGUGACGCUGGCGCCCGAGGUGCUGAUGGCGAAGAUGGUGACGACGGAAAGGAUGGUGCUCCAGGUGCCAAGGGUCCCCGUGGCCCACAGGGCCCCGCUGGCAAGCCAGGCGCAAACGGCCGCGACGGCGCUCCAGGUGCUAGAGGUGAGAAAGGUGCCACUGGUGCUCCAGGUGCCCCAGGUCUUGACGGCAAAGAUGGUGCCCCAGGUGCCCCAGGUAAACAAGGCCUGCAGGGGGCGCCAGGUAAGCCAGGAGCCCCAGGGAAAGACGCUGUUGUCCAUUCCUUCCAGAAGAAGAGGGUGUACAGAGGCUAAGGUUAAAUCAUCAGCAGAAUGAGCAAAGAUUGUGUUCAAAUUAUUUUCUUAUAUCUUAAAACAUGUUUCUUAUUAAUGAAUCUAUCCACCAUUCACGUACAGCACUUCAGCCGCCUUAGAUGAUUGUUUUA